UGUGUUUAAAAUAUGUCAGGCUUCAGUUUCAACGAAGUCAAUGGCGACUUGUUUUCUGUAAGUGCCGAAUAUUCAAUGUGCCACUGUGUUGCAGCCGAUUUGCGCAUGGGCAAAGGAAUUGCGGUUAAAUUUCGGAAUAAAUUUGGACAAGUGGGAGUGUUACAACAGCAAAAUGUCCAGCCCGGCGGCGUUGGUGUAAUCAAGCACCAGCAGCGCUUUAUUUACAAUUUGAUAACAAAACAAAGCAGCUGGGGAAAGCCCACCUAUGCGCUACUCCACAGUUCCUUAUUGGCCAUGCGUGAACAUAUGCUAAAAAAUAAUGUGCAUAAAUUAGCAAUGCCGCGCAUUGGCUGCGGCUUGGAUGGACUCAAUUGGACCAAAGUAAAAGACAUGUUGGCAGAGAUCUUUCAAGCAGUUAACUGCGAGCUGCUAGUCUAUAAUUAUGUCCCAGCUAAAGCAUAAUAAUAAAGACAUGCUAC